AUGGAUGUUCAAGCUACUCUAAAGACACUUUCUCUGCAAGAAAAAGUCCGGCUACUGUCUGGUACGCCAGAUGACUUUGUCUCAAUCGCAGGCAUCCCUGAAAAGGGUAUUGCGCCACUGAAGACAGCUGAUUCAAUCGGCGGAAUACGUCCUAGUGAAUUCAACAGUACACUCACAACAGCAUGCUUCCCCAACACAGCCUGCAUAGCCUCAACAUGGAACACCGAGCUCCUGGGGAAAAUGGGCUCUGAGCUUACUCGCCAAGCGAAGAUCAAGCAUGCGCAGAUGAUCCUCGGUCCUACUAUUAACAUCCAGAGAGAUCCUCGGGCUGGACGUAACUUUGAGUGUUUUAGUGAAGAUCCGCUACUCUCGGGAUACAUGGCUGCGGCUAUUGUGAACGGUAUCCAGAGUCAAGGCUAUGGAGCUUGUGCGAAGCAUUUUGUUUGCAAUGACUCUGAGACACAAAGGCGGUAUUAUAAUGUUGAAGAGUCUCCCAAUGGCAGGGCUUUGAGGGAGAUUUACUUGGCUGCUUGGUGGUUUCUCUUGAGGAAAUCAAACCCUGCAGGCGUCAUGACAGCGUACAAUAAAGUUGAUGGAACAUUUUGCUGCGACAGCGAAAGUCUCAUUCAAGACAUUCUCCGAAAAGAAUGGGGUUACCAAGGCAUCAUCAUGUCAGAUUGGUUCGGAACUCGUUCUACCGUCGCUGCCAUGAAGGCCAGCGUCGACGUUGAGAUGCCUGUACCUGUCUUCAGAGGCGAACGACUCAUCAAGGCUGUAACUGCUGGUGAGAUCAGCGAAGAGGUAAUCGAUGCUAGCGUGGCCAGACUUCUUGAGCUACGAAACCGCACGCAAGCGGCACAGAGUGACGGGCCAGAGAAGUCGGAGAUCAUCCAGGAGACUAAUGACAUCGCCCGUCAACUCGCUCAGGAAGGUAUCGUGCUUCUCAAGAAUGAGAACCAAACUCUUCCACUGCCAUCAUCCAGUGGUUUGAGGAUCGGAGUCAUUGGCGAGUAUGCCAAGAAGGCUGUCUUCACCGGCGGUGGUAGCGCGUCAUGCAACCCUCAGUAUCGCCAAGUCCCAUUCGAUCUCUUGCGCGAAGCAUUGCCGAAUAAAGAUACUCUCUCAUACGCAAGUGGCGUUCGCAUGCGCCGCAUUAUUCCGACUGUCCCUGCGGAUAUCGUUACGACACGUGAGGGCAAGAAGGGCGUUGAAGUGGCUUAUUAUAACGCCGGCCAAGAUGAGCCAAUUAUCACAGAGACUUUGGAAGACGCUGCUAUCAACCUGAUGGCUCAGGGAAAGCCAGGGCUGAAGACGCCUGGAUCCCAUGUCAAGAUGACCACCAACCUCGUUCCUACGACUACUGGAACACACACGCUCGCACUUCGUCACUCGGGAUCGCUCAACGUCGAGGUUGAUGGUGUCUCUGUGCUAAAGGGCAAUGCACCGGAUAUUACAACCGAGCAGUUCCUCUUCAACUUGAUCAAGCUUGAGUCACGAGUUGAGCUUCAGAUGGAAGCAGGAAAGUCAUACCACAUCUCUGUCACCAUGCAAUCAAGGGAACCUGUCAUUGGCGAGCCUACUCCAUAUGGCCUCACACUGGCCUUUGAGGAAGAAUACUCCGAAGAAAAAGCUAUAUCAGAAGCAGUCGAAGUUGCAAAGUCAUCUGAUAUCACCAUCAUAUACGCCGGUCGCAGCGAGCAGUACGAGUCUGAAGGAUUUGACCUUGAAGAUAUCACUCUUCCUGCCAACCAAGUCGCCAUGAUCAAGGCUGUCGCUGCUGCUUCUAAGAACACGGCUGUUCUGCUUCACUGCGGUAACCCGAUUGACAUCAGUAGCUUCGUCGAUGAUGUCGAUGCUAUUGUGAACAUGCACUUCCCUGGUCAAGAAGGUCCCCAGGCUAUGGUUGACAUCUUAACUGGAAAGGUGAACCCCAGUGGGAAGUUGACGGCGACUUGGUUCAAGACACUCGAGGACUGGCCUAGCUUUGGGAACUUCCCUGCUCAGAAGGAUACAUCUGGGAACUUUACCAUCAAGUACGCGGAGGGCUUGAAGAUCGGUUACCGUGCACAAGUGACGGAGAACCGAGUACAGUUCCCAUUCGGUCAUGGACUGUCUUACACUUCGUUCUCAUACGACCGUCUGAGGGCCAAAUUGGACUCCUCGUCAAAUCCUUCAGUUCUCGCAGUCAGCGUAAGUGUAACCAAUGCUGGCAGUGUAACUGGCAAAGAAGUGGUGCAGGUCUACAUCUGUCCUCCGACGAAUGGAGCUGAUUGGAGGCCAAUUCGGGAAUUGAAGGGUUUCACCAAGGUUGAGCUUUCACCGGGCGAGACUAGAGAAGUAUUCGUGCAAAUUGAUGUCGAUACUUUCAACAGUCAUUGGAAUGAGGAGUCGUAUGCUUGGGCGGUGGACGAGGGCGAGUAUGGCGUGGAGGUUGGAGACCAACGUGCCACUUGUAUUAUUUAG